AUGCACUCCGCUUCCAGUAUGCUGGGAGUCGUGAAAAUGGAAGGACACGAGCACGCGGAGUGGAGCAACUACUACGGCGAGCCCGAGGGCUACUCCAGCAUGAACGCCGGCCUGGGCAUGAACAGUUACAUGGGCAUGGCGGCGGGCAACAUGGCGGCGGCGGCCUCGGGCGGCUCCUCCAUGGGCAUGGCCUACGCGGGGGGCAUGAGCCUGUCCCCGGGCGCGGGGGGCAUGGCUGGCAUGGCGGCCCACCUGAGCCCCUCCGGCUUGAGCCCUCUGGGCGCCGGGGCGGGCUCUAUGGGCGCCUACUCGGCCCUGAGCCCCGUGGGCGGCGGAGGGGGCCCUUACGGCGGCGGAGGCGGCGGCGGAGGAGGGCAGGGCCCCGUGGGAGUGGGCCUGUCCCGGGCCCGCGACGCCAAGAGCUACCGCCGGAGCUACACGCACGCCAAGCCGCCCUACUCCUACAUCUCCCUCAUCACCAUGGCCAUCCAGCAGUCGCCCAAUAAGAUGCUGACGCUGAGCGAGAUCUACCAGUGGAUCAUGGACCUCUUCCCCUUCUACCGGCAGAACCAGCAGCGCUGGCAGAACUCCAUCCGCCACUCGCUCUCCUUCAACGACUGCUUCCUCAAGGUGCCCCGGUCUCCCGACAAGCCCGGCAAGGGCUCCUUCUGGACCCUCCACCCGGACUCCGGGAACAUGUUCGAGAACGGGUGCUACCUCCGGAGGCAGAAGCGCUUCAAGUGUGAUAAGCCGCCGGGUCCCAAACAACAGCAGCAACAGGGGCAAAGCGGCUCCCCGGCAGCCUCUUCGUCGUCCUCGGGGGGCUCCGGGAAGAAGCCCCCCGCUCAGUCCGCCCCACAGGAGCCCAACGGCACCCCGGAGUCGCCCCACGCAAGCGUCUCGCCCUGCCAGGAGCACAAACGCGGCCUGAGCGAGCUCAAAGGCCACCCGGAGCCCUCCCCGUCGCCCGCCCAACAGCAGCAACACAUGCUGGCCCAGCAUCACGCCGCCCACGCGGGGCUCUCCCACGAGGCCCACCUCAAGGCCGAGCACCACUACGCCUUCAACCACCCUUUCUCCAUCACCAACCUGAUGUCCUCGCCGGAGCAGCAGCAACAGCAGCAGCACGUGCCCCACGCCCACGCGCACCCCCACGCGCACCAGCACCCCCACCCGCACCAGCACGUGCCCCACGCCCACCACAAAAUGGACCUCAAGGCCUACGAGCAAGUCAUGCACUACACCAGCUACGGCUCGCCCGUGGCCGGCAGCCUGGGCAUGGGCCCCGUCACGAACAAAAGCGCCCUCGAGGCCUCGCCCCUGGGGCCCGACGCCGCCUACUACCAAGGGGUCUACGCCAGGCCCAUCAUGAACUCGUCCUAAAGAGACGGCAGCCCUCCCACCCCCUGCCCACGCAUCCACCUCGAUUCCACGCAGGGACACGGACACGCGUGGGUUCGCUUUUUUCUUUCUUUCUCCCCUCUAGUCAAGACUUUGCUGGGAGGGAAGGAACUUGGGGCCCAGAAAGCGACCCAUUACCCCACCCACGCAAAACAAAAGUCCAGAGGACUGGGACAAAAAAAGUUUGUGAGGGGAAAAAUGUUUCUAGGAGAGGGGAGAAAACACUAACCUUUGGCCUCUUGCCCUCCGCGUUGAGUCCAUGUUUGCUGUUCUGUAACUUUCCAAGCCCUCUCCCGCGGCUCUUUCUCCUUGACUUGGGGGGGGGGGAAGGUGUGGGGAGGGGAUGUCGGUGUCCCAAAGCCGUGGGAAAGGAGAAUCCUUCUCCCGGGACUCUUCGUCGGAUUUCCUUCGAGGUUUCUUUCCUUUAUGCGAUUCCUCGUACGUUUUUUUUUUCUUUCCUUUCAGUCGCAGGGAGUUCUUAUAAGUAUAUAUCUAUUUUUGGGGUGUGUGGCAGUGAGGCCGAACUGAGUGUACGCGCGCGUGUGUGUGUGUGUGAACCCAUGCUAGAUUUGGAAACGGGAUCAAAGACUGUCGAAGUCGUGGGGGAAGAGAGAGAGAGAGAGAAAUGAAGGACUUUGGGGUUGUGAUUUCACCCGCGAAGGGUUUGAUGUGACCGGGAAAGGGAAAACGACUCUCGGAUCGAAUUAAUUUAUCGUUUCUGUAUGCUUUAUUUAUGGCUUUUGAACCUGUAUUCUGGUAACGACCCACCAAACCCCCCACGACCCUAUAUUAAAAUGCUGUUGGAGAUUCAA